AUGCAUAGCCCAAAGGAGUCCCAUAAGGCCGCGUUGAAACAAGUGUUACGUUAUCUGAAAGGAACGCUAUCAUAUGGACUCAAGUUCGAUGCAGUAACACAAGAAGGCUUGAUCGGAUACAGUGAUAGCAGUUACAACGUUGAUCCGGACGACGAGUUUAUGGCUGCAACAGAAGCAUCUAAACAGGCGAUAUGGUUAAAGGAUCUUCUCGGUGAAGUGUUUGGACAGUCGAGUGAAAGGGUGGUGAUGCGUAUCGAUAACAAAUCAGCAAUAGCGUUGUCCAAGAAUCCAGCGGAUAUACUCACCAAAGCACUGGAAAGAAUCAAGUUUAAAGAGAUGAGAGAGUUGAUUGGAGUCCAAGAUGUGUCAAGAGGAGAUUUCAAGUUUGAGGGGGAGAAUGUUGGUUCAAACUUGAAGUAG